AUGGCCACGAAAAUGGCUAGAGGUUCCUUACUUGUGACAUUUCUCUUACUAAUGUGUUCCAUCUACAGCAGCUGGUCAGUUUCAUUUUCAGUGUUUAUGAGAAAAGAAGAAGCACACCAGGUGCUGAAGAUCCGUAAACGCGCUAACCAGUUCCUGGAGGAAAUUCACCCAGGGAACUUGGAGAGAGAAUGCACUGAGGAAACAUGCUCCUUCGAGGAGGCAAAGGAGAUUUUCCAAUCGCAGGAGAAAACGAUGGAGUUUUGGUUUGUUUACAAAGAUUUAAAUCCCUGCAAAGAAAAUCCCUGUAAGAACGGUGGCGUUUGCAAACUGAAACACUAUGGUUAUUUCUGUAUCUGUCCCCCACUGUUCGGAGGAAAGCAGUGUGAAAUAGAGAAGUUUGAAUGCUGGUACAAGAAUGGCGGCUGCUGGCAGUAUUGCCAAGACACCGCACACUCCCUUCGUGUGGUGUGCUCCUGUGCGGCGGGUUAUGCCCUGGGUGAUGACGGAAAGAGGUGUACGCAAUCAGCUCAGUUUCCCUGUGGGCUGAUUAAAAGAUCCAUGCGUGCUUUGGAGGAAGUUGCCCCUGGGCUCAAUGGGAUGGCGGAGGGGGGAGCCCCCAGGCUCAACGGGAAGGUGAAGAGGGGUGCCCCCGGGCUCAAUGAGUCGGUGGAGGGGGGCACCCCUGGGCUCUAUGAGUCGGUGGAGGGGGGCACUCCUGGGCUCAACUGGAUGGCAGAGGGGGGCGCCGCCCCUGGGCUCAAUGAGUCAGCAGACGGGGGCACCCCUGGGCUCAAUGAAUCAGUGGAGGGGGGCGCCCUCGGGCUCAAUGAGUCAUCAGCGGAGGGGGGCUCCGCCCCUGGGCUCAAUGAGUCAGCAGACGGGGGCACGCCUGGGCUCAAUGAGUCAGCAGAGGGGGAGACCCCCAGGCUCAAUGGGUCGGCAGAGGGUGGCACCUCUGGGCUCAACUGGAUGACAGAGGGGGGCACCCCAAAACUCAAUGAAACAGCAGAGGGGCGCGCCCCUGUGCUCAGUGGGAUGGCAGAGGGGGGCACCCCCGGGCUCAAUGGGUCGGUGGAGGGGGGCGACCCUGAACUCAAUACGUCAGCAGAGGGGCAGAAUGUGCACGACGGCCUCAGUCAGACCGAAGCUGAAGGAAACUUGACAGAUGGAGAUCUACACAGCUGGACAAAUGUCUACCAAACUACAGCGCAUGAUGAUACCAGGAUCACUGGGGGAUCUUUCUGCCAUCGUGGCCACUGUCCCUGGCAGGUACUUAUCCGAAAUAGCAGAGGUUAUGGUUUCUGUGGAGGGAGUUUAAUUAGCAGCCGCUGGGUGGUCACUGCUGCCCACUGCCUUGAGAUUGUUAAACCACAUCAUGUUACUGUAGGAGACUUUGACAAACACCAGAGAGAAGUGAAAGAACAAAAGAUUGAAGUGCAACAGAGCUGGAUACAUCCACACUAUGACUCAGAUAACUAUAACGGUGACAUUGCUUUGCUCUACUUGAGCAGCGAUGUUGUAUUUAAUGAGUAUGCACUCCCCAUUUGCCUUCCCAAUCCUAACCUGGCAACCUUGCUGGCUUCAGAAGGGACUAGGGGGAUGGUGAGUGGAUGGGGUUCCACACAUCACAGGGGUCCUGGAACACGCUUCCUCAUGAAAGUCAAGCUGCCCAUAGUAAGCAUGGAAACCUGUAGGCAGUCAACAGCAAAGCUCAUUACCGAUAACAUGUUCUGUGCAGGCUAUGCUGCCAAAGCCCACGAUGCUUGUAAAGGAGACAGUGGAGGCCCCUUUGCUGUCUCUUACCACGACACUUGGUACCUGCUAGGGAUAGUCAGUUGGGGUGAGGGCUGUGCUGAAGAAAGGAAAUAUGGUGCAUAUACGCGGGUAGCCAACUAUGUACCAUGGAUAAAGGAGGUUGUUGAAAAUCUAGCUGAUGCAGGAGGAUUUUUACCUUCAUUCUAA